AUGAACCCUAUGCAAGGGGGAAGCACAUCAAAGCUACCCCGAAGGGUAAAAGGCAAAAAGAAAAGGGGGCUACGAGUAAAAGACGCUAAAGUAGCAAAAACCCCCUCAGAAUUCUCAUUUGAUAUAGCCAAAGUUGCAGUUUCUCAGAUCUGCCAAUCAGUUGGCUACAAAAGAUCCAAAUACGAUGCUCUUGAAGCCUUAACUAAUGUUACCACAAAAUAUCUCGAAGCCAUUGCAAGAUCAGCUGCCUCUUUUACCAAUGCAUCCAACCGUACUGAAUCUAACCUCUUUGACCUCAUUAAUGGCAUUCAUGAUAUGUAUUCUGUUCGUGGAGUUCCCGGUGGUUCAAAAAUGCAUACAAGUAAUUUGCUGAGCUCUGGAGCUCUAAAAGAUAUAAUGAGUUUCGUCAAGUUCUCCAAAGAAGUGCCAUUUUCCAAACCAAUUCCAUCAAAAAAUCCCGAAGUAAUCACUGAUUCUGGCACAUCAACAUGUUGCUUAGAGGAAGCAAAACCAAAAGGGUUGCAUAUACCAAGUUGGCUCCCAGAUUUUCCUAAGGAAAGCUUAUAUAAAAAGUCUGAAGGGGGUUUAGUAAAGGAGAGGAAAUGUGGGGAGAAAUUGUGGGAGCAUUUGCUCGCAAUGGAAGCUUGUACUGGUAAUAAAGAGGAAAGCAGUGACAUGUUAAAGAGCAAUGACAUAAACAAAAAAGAAGAGAAAGACACUGCGACGGAGUUGGCAAAGGGAAGAGGCAGGGUGAAGUUUAAAAUUGGAAAGGAGGAAGAGAAACAAAUUGGGUUGGGUAUGAAUAUGAAUAUGAUGAAUGGGGUUUGUAAAGGAAGGAAAAGAGUGUCUUGGAGUCAUUACAAAAUAAAUGACUGUAUCAGUAAGGCUGAUGAAAAUGAAGAUGAAAGGAGUGCAUUAAAAAGAGAAAUGAGUUAG